AUGUACAAGCUGUGCUGUUUGCGUUUGAGCUUCCCUUCACGUGGUUUCAGACUGGCUUUUCGAGCCUAUGGAUCCACUGAAGAGAUUGCCCAGAAAGGCUAUACAGUCGCCUCCUUAGGUGAUGCUGCCAGUGUUCGUGACAUGGAAAUCGUAGCUCUGCGAUUGAUGGGUGUUUCUCCCAACAGCACUGGGAGUUACAAUGGUCGUGGGGGUGUUGUACGCAGCUCCAUAGAUGGUACUGGCUUUGUGGAUUCGGCUGCAGGUGCUCCAAAGGAGCUGCCGGUUCAGUUCCAUAAUGAGAUGGCCUAUGCCUUGGAGUACCCGAAGUAUGUUACCUUUGCCAUGGUCAAACAAGCGCAAGAGGAUGGAACGACCACUUUGGCAGACAACGUGGCUGUGCACCGCUCUUUGUCAGAACCAUUGCUGGAGAAGUUUCGGCAGCUUGGGGUUCAGUACAUUCGCUAUCUACAUGAUGAGUCUGAGCGGAACUUGGCACCAGACUUCUACAACUCUUGGCAGGGCGCUUUCCAAACUGCUUCUAUGGAUGAAGCUUUCCAAAAGGGCAAUGACAAGGCCAGUUUUUCGAUCUUGCAACGGCAUGAUCAGCGUCGGCUGCGCCACGUUUUGUGGUGCCCUGUUUUUCACAAGCAUCCGACCUACGGGGAGCUUUUCUUUAACUCAGUCCUGAAUCGGCAUGGCUCGUGGCUGGAUGGCCAUGAGAUCUUUGACCAGAUGCCCAACCAUGAACGCCCCUACCACUGCACUUGGGGCGAUGGCAGCGACUUUCAGGAUGAUGAGCUAGCAGAGAUCCGCCGCGUCUAUGAGGAAAACACGGAAUACAUCAGACUCGAUCCAGGAGAUGUCCUGGUCUUGGACAACCUUCGAGUUGUUCAUGGCCGAACUUCAUACAAAGGAAGUCGUUUGCUUGGCCUGCUCCUGUCAGAUAUGGUCCCUCGAGAACCUUGCAAACCGCCUGCCGCUUUUGCCAGACUUUUGCAUGAGUGA